GAUGAGAAAAUAACCCGGGGCUCAGAGCCUGGAACGUGGAAGACGAGGGGGGAAGGAUGGUCCAGCAGAGGAGCGUGCGGAGCCGGGGGUCGGAGGGCAAGCGGGAGGUGUGCCCCAAGGAUGCCCUGCUGCUGAAGGAUGCCAAAGGGGAGCCGGGCUGGUGCAAGACUCCCAGCGGGCACAUCAAACGCCCCAUGAACGCCUUCAUGGUGUGGUCACAGAACGAGCGGCGGAAAAUCAUGGACCAGUGGCCGGACAUGCACAAUGCCGAGAUCUCCAAGCGCCUCGGACGGCGAUGGCAGCUCCUGCAGGACUCGGAGAAGAUCCCCUUUGUCAAGGAGGCAGAGCGGCUGCGAUUGAAGCACAUGGCUGACUACCCAGACUACAAGUACCGGCCCAGGAAGAAGGGCAAGGCGGGCACUGCUAAGUCCCGCCCUAGGGUCCAGGUCAAGAUCAAGCCCUCCGUCCUCGGGAGGGUGGCGUCCGGCAGAAGGCAGCCCUCAAAGCAGGGUGGCAGCGGCAGUGGCAGCCAGGAGGGACGCACGACGCCCGAGCUGGACGGCGACCCGCUGGAAGCGCGGCUGAUGGAGGCGCCGUUUGACGACGGCCCCAAAACUCCCGGCAAAGAGUUCUGGCACGUGCUGCCGGCGAGCGGCGAGAAAGGAGCGUGGGUGGGCAGUCCUGGCGACCCAAAGGACCACGAGGUUGGUGCUGUUGUUGCUGCUGCCACCGCCAAGCCCUUUUCGGACCAGGCAAGGUCUUCGGAGAUCCCUUCCCCGGCGUCCGCCCGGUCUCCGCUGUCUUCCUUCGCCUCAUCGGACGAAGAGUUUGAAGAAGAGCUCUUGAGCUUCCUUCCCGCCCGAGCCCAGCCGAACACGCCCUGUGGGACACCGGACUGGUCCGUCUUCGACAAAGACCUGGACCUCUUCCCCCUGGGCGCCACGUCUCACUUUGAGUUCCCGGAUUAUUGCACCCCGGAGGUGACUGAGAUGAUAGCUGGGGACUGGCUGAUGUCCAGCAUCUCAGACUUGGUCUUCACGUACUGAAUCCCCAGCCAGGUAAACUCUCACUUCUCCGCAAUCAGGUUGUCUCAAAAAAAAGAAAAGAAAAAAGAAACCCAGCUGUUUACAUGCAGGAAUCAGGUAUCUCCAUUUUCUUGCCUUGGCUGAAUUCAAAGGCGAGCUCUCCAUCAGCCCAUCCCCCGCUCGGCACACACCCACUUUGCCGGCGUCCU